AUGGCAAAGCGCGGGCCGGCCAUGGGGAUGCUGCUACCCGGGGUCCUGCUGGCCGCCCUGAUGAUGGCCCUGGCGGACAGAGGGGCCGCCGCACCCAACGGCACGCGGUCCGCCGAAUUGGGGCAUAGCUGGGACGGCCUGGUGGCCCGCUCCCUGGCACGCCUGCCGGUGGCCGCGCGGCCCCCUCAGGCGGCAGUCCGCAGUGGCGCGGGGGACUACCUGCUGGGCCUCAAGAGGAUGAGACGCCUCUACUGCAACGUGGGCAUCGGAUUCCACCUGCAGGUGUUGCCCGACGGCCGCAUCGGCGGCGUGCACGCGGACACCAGCGACAGCCUUCUGGAGCUCUCUCCCGUGCAGCGGGGCGUGGUGAGCAUCUUCGGAGUGACCAGCCGCUUCUUCGUAGCCAUGAACAGCAGGGGCAAGCUCUACGGCGUGCCUUUCUUUACCGAUGAGUGUAAAUUCAAAGAGAUACUCCUGCCCAACAACUAUAACGCCUACGAAUCCUACGCAUACCCCGGCAUGUUCAUAGCCCUAAGUAAAAACGGGAGGACCAAGAAAGGGAACCGAGUGUCACCUACCAUGAAGGUAACCCACUUCCUUCCCAGACUGUGACCCUCAGGAGCCCUGCCUCAGCCUCGGAAGCACACCCCACCCCUCAGGAGGAGCACUUUCUCUCGCUGGAGAAUUGUUUGCA